AUGGCUGACAAUACCACCACGGGAAGCAGCGCUAGUACUGGGCGGGACGUAGCCAGGGAGAUCCAGGGCGGGCAGAGGAAGGGUUGGACGAGGGUAGAUGGCGACAAGGCGAAGGAUAGUGGGCAAGGAGAGAUUCGUGCACCAGGUGCACCCACUCAAUUUGGCGGAGUCUCUACCAGGGGAGUGUUCGGAGCACCCGACCCGGCUUCACCGCAGCCACCUCAACACGUUGAACGGGAUCGCCAGCGUAUGGUCGAGAAUACGCAGCCCGGCCCCAAGAAGGUCCUAAGCCGUAUGCCCAACACGGUACAUGAGGCUGGUCAUCUGAUCGCCGUAGUGGACACGACUGGUGACGAGACGUUGGCUAGGCGUGCCCGUGGUGAACUUCUUUGUGUGCAAUGUGGACGGGCGCUGCGUGGAAAUGAUGGUGAGGAGAGUUGCUGGGACUGUCUGGCGAUGGAUUGUGACUAG